UGGGUCUCACUUUAAUUACUGGUAGCAUUGGAUAAGAAAAACAUCUCUUGGACACAAUGUUUGAAUAUUCGGUUCUAAUGCAGUUAGUUGUGAGUGUUCUACUUGUCAUGAUUGAAAUGGUUACGUUUGGAGAAAGUAAUUGUGUAGUGACUUCCUAUUCAGCUUUCUGCAACGCUGCAAAUUUAACUUCAAUACCUCUGAAUCAUAUCAAUGUUGCAUUGCGCAUAAUUGAUCUUAGCGAUAACAACAUCAUGUCGUUGAUAGGAGCAAAUGAAAUACUGAGAACAUCCAAAAGCUCAUUGGAGCAGCUUACUUUGAGAAACAACGUUAUUCAAGAAAUUCCUGCCAACACUUUCCACGGAAUGAUUAAUUUGCACGAACUCGAUUUAUCUUGGAAUCAAAUUUCGUCAUCUCUGACGUCAUUUCAUUUCAAAGAUGUUGGAAGCCUUGACUAUCUUUCACUCGCGCAUAAUAAACUGUCAUGUAUACAGGAAGGUUCCUUUAAAAGUUUAACAAAACUCACAGAACUUGAUCUUAGCUACAACUCUUUAACUUCACAAAGUCAUUGCUUCUCGCGUGAUACUAUUUGUCAUCUCAGCAACUUGAUUGUGUUGCGGAUUUCGUCAAACAAAUUACCCGAUGUGUUUUUUGAAUUGCCCCUGAAUUCCUCGGUGGGUUUUUUAUCCUGUUUAACACGACUAACAAACUUACAAGCAUCGAAUUGCGGAAUCGAAUAUUUAUCACCUGCUACAUUUGCUGGAUUGGAUCACAUGACCAGUCUCGACCUAUCAAGGAACUCUAUUGUCACGUGGCCGUUGGGUGUUUUACGAAACUCCGCCUCAUUGGUCUAUCUUGACCUGGGUUUCAAUAAUUUAAAGUACCUGCCAACGAAUUUUAUAAGCGGUUGCCCUAAUCUUAGUCACCUGAGUUUGAGAAACAAUGAGUUGAGGUCCUUGAACGCUGGGUGGCUACAAAUUUUUAAUGAAAAUUCAACUUUACCGGAGAAAUCUCGUUUUGAUAUCGUAAAUACCAUCAAACAAUACUUAUCCACCAACCUCAACGAUGCGGUUGCAGAGGUAACUAACAACAAGCCAAACAACCUAUGGAUGGAUUGGAGUGGAAACCCAUGGCUGUGCAAUUGUGACAUGCUUCCGUUUGUUUAUUGGAUAAUAACACAAGGGGCAUGGCUCUCGGAAGCCAAUGGCUAUCGUGACGUCACAUGUUAUGAUCCCGCUUAUCAACGUGGUGAAAGAUUGUUCGAUGUUUAUGUGACGGGAAUGAUUGACAGGCGGACCGUUUCUAAUUUGAUUGACAAAUGUGUUUCUGAAGUGAGCACAAGGAUGACGCUUACAACACAAAUGUUUGUCAUGGACCGGUCAACCACUGGUGAAAAUACAGUUUUCGACGAUAACACUGCUGAACCCGUUCAUUUUCAUACCGGAACAGCAGGAGCUAAUUACACAACGGAAAGCCACACCAAACAAGUAGCUGUGUCGGGUCCUCAGCAUAGCAGCAACUUAAAUGAAACUUCAAACCGAUCAUACGUAACCACUAUAAUACUUUCCGUUAUUGCCGAUCUUGUCAUAUCGUUGGUCAUUGUGUUCGCCAUGAAACGUUGGUGUUGCAGAAGUAAGCAGCGUAGGUGGGCGACCGUUGCACCAGCUUCUUCACAGGACACGUCAGCAAUUGUAUCUUCCUUACGACGACAAGAUGUAAAACUAACUCCAAUUUCAAUAUGAAAAGUAAGAUCCAGAAAUAUAUGUCCGCGUGGUGGCGGCGUAAGUAAUUUCGUUACAGAACACGCAUAUUCGUGUUUUUGAAUGUGACUUCAUUUACGAGAAUCCAAUAAAGUACACUCCCAAUUGCCACUUGAA